CAGUCGCUGUUAGCUGCUCGCUGUUAGCUGGUUGCUAAACGGAGUCCCCGGCUGUCAGUGACCGAGAGCGGCGGCAGCUGAAAGUAGUAUUUAAUCCGUAUCUGUGCGCUGAACACGACCGCCACGAUGUUUGAGGAGGCCAGUGAAGUGUUUGAUAACAUGUUUAAAUCGUCGUUCCCGCUCACAUUCAUUGUGUUUAUCCCCGCGGUGCUCAUCCUGGUGUCACCGCUGCCGGCCGAGGCGGCUCAUGAGUUCACCGUGUACCGCAUGCAGCAGUACGACCUGCAGGGACAACCGUACGGUACCAGGAAUGCCAUCCUGAACACGGAGGCUCGUACUGUGGAGGCAGAGGUACUAAGUCGUCGCUGCGUCAUCAUGCGGCUGGCGGACUUUUCCUAUGAAGAGUACCAGAAAGCCCUGCGCCAGUCAGCUGGGGCAGUGGUCAUCAUCCUGCCUAAGAACAUGUCUACUGUGCCUCAGGACAUAGUACAGCAGUUCAUGGAGCUGGAGCCUGAGAUGUUGGCGACUGAGACCAUCGUCCCCGUCUACUUCGCCAUGGAGGACGAUGAACUGCUGUCCAUCUACACCCAAACCCUGACCUCCUCCUCCUCACAGGGCUCCUUAUCAGCAGCUGAAGUGCUGCUGCAUACAGCUACAGCCAACGGCUUCCAGAUGGUCACCAGUGGAGCUCAGAGUAAAGCAAUCAGUGACUGGGCCAUCACCAGUUUAGAGGGUCGUCUGGUUGGAGUUGGAGGAGAGGACCUGCCCACUAUCGUCGUGGUUGCUCAUUACGACUCCUUUGGUGUUGCUCCAUGGCUGUCGUACGGAGCAGACUCAAACGGUAGUGGAGUGUCCAUGUUACUGGAGCUUGCUCGUCUCUUCUCGAAACUUUACACCUACAAGAGGACACACGCUGGGUACAACCUGCUGUUCUUUGUAUCUGGUGGAGGGAAGUUUAACUACCAGGGCACCAAACGAUGGCUGGAGGACAAUCUGGAUCAUACAGACUCCAGUCUGCUGCAGGACAACGUAGCCUUUGUGUUGUGUCUGGACACUCUGGGGAACGGAGACUCUCUGCACCUCCAUGUGUCCAAACCUCCUAAAGAGGGAACUCCUCAGUAUUCUUUGCUCAAGGAGCUGGAGAUGGUGGUUGCGAGUCAGUACCCAGAGGUCAAGUUCUCGAUGGUCCACAAGAAAAUCAACCUGGCAGACGACAUGCUGGCCUGGGAGCACGAGCGCUUCGGGAUCCGCCGGCUGCCGGCCUUCACUAGUUGUCGGCAUCUUGCCUCCCACCGCCUGGCACAGCGCUCCAGCAUCAUGGCGUGCGUCAGUGUCCCCUCCUCUCGCCACGGCGGAGAGCCCCCUGCUGGGCCUCAUGUAGAUGUGAAGAAACUUGGCAGGAACACCAAAUUGGUAGCAGAGGCACUGGCCAGGGUCAUUUAUAACCUCACUGAAAAGGGGGCCCCUGGAGACCUGCAGAUCUUCACAGAACAAAUGCAGGUUCAGGAGGAGCAGCUUUCAGCGGUGGUGGACUGGCUCACGGCGCAGCCACGAGCUGCUCAGCUGGUAGACAAAGACAGCAGCGUGGUGUCCACUCUGGAGUAUCACCUCGGACACUACCUCAAGGAUGUCAAGAGACACUAUGUCAAAGCUGACAAAAGGGAUCCAGAGUUUGUAUUCUACGACCAGCUGAAACAGACUAUGAAUGCUUACAGAGUGAAGCCAGCUAUUUUUGACUUGUUGCUGGCCGUCUGCAUUGCAGCCUACUUAGGGAUGAUGUAUCUGGCUAUCCAGAACUUCGGAGUCCUGUACAGUGUUGUCCGCAGAAUCACCCAACCCAAGACGAAGGCCCACUAAAGGCGCACAACACCAUUUUUAUUAUUUUUUUUCCAGAUCCCACCGUUUUUCUCAAAUCAAGAAACUUUAGCCAGUAAGAACACAGAAGCUGGGCCGAGCUGCUGUUCUCAUGAUGGUUUUCAAACCAGCAGAAUCACUUUCAUCUCCUUCAUCCUGAUCCACAAACUAUGAUGUCAGAUCCUGUCCUGCUGCCAACUUUAAUCCAUUUGGUCUCAUGGACCAGAAUAAUCAGGAAUCAUUUUUUCCACUCUCCCUGUCUUCAGGAACACAGAUGUCUUUGUCAUUUAUUAAUGAUAAUCCCUUUUGUUGGAAAUCUUUCAUUAUAAUUUGAUUCUUGUGAGGUAGGUAAAGCAUUUGUCCACACCUCUCGAGCUCUAGAUGAGAUUAAGUGAGAGUUUGUGAUGUUGCUGUACCGCCAAUCGCUCCUCAUCCCUACGCUCCCGUAUACUGUACGAAUGAUCAUGCUGCCAAACCGACGUCGUGUGUUGUCUCAGGCAGCUACAGGGAGAAACUGACCACACAGAGUUUAGCCCAGACCUUUUCUUUUGUUCAGAGAUGUGUUCACCCACCUUGUUGUUAAAGGAUAGGCUCGUAUUUGUUCAAUCUGCGUUCAUAUAAUACCCUUGAAUUCUUUCUCUCCACGCUUACCGCUAAGUCCACAGACCUUGUUCUGUGCAGAAAUCCCCCCUAACGUUCAGCUGAAGACGGUGAGGCUCCAGCAGCCUCCACAUUUUGGUUCCCUGUUUGCUGAAAAUAUUUAGCAUCAGAACGAUGCCACUUGGUAACUCUACGUUUUAGCUUCAGGUGAACUUAAGAAUGAAUUUUGUCUUCCAUCCCCCUGGGGUCAAAACCAAGUAUUUUCAUUAUUGACUGAUCUGUUUAUUAGUUUUCCAAUUAAUCUAUCGAUUGCUUUGACUAUUAAAUGUCAAAAUGGUGAAAAAUGCACAUCACAGGCCUUUAAAUAGCGUUUUCUGUCAGACCAACAGUCCAAAAGACCAAAAUAUAAAACAAUAUAAAACUAAAUGAUAAAUUACUUCAUUGAUUAAUUGACCAUCAAAAUAUUGGGUGAUAUAUUUUCUGCUAUGUUUCUAUGGAGACGAGGAAUGAUCACAGUGAACAAUAACUUAUACGAGUAUUGUGAUGAGACGGAUGUGAAAAAAAUCAGACCUUAUCCUUUAAACGCUCAGUGAAACUGACUCCCCUAACACAAAUAAUGUUUACGAAUGAGACGAGUUGUCUAAAUAAAAUGUGAAGUAGUGUUUAGAUAAUCCUGAUUCCAUUGCCUUGUUGUGAACUUAUUAAAGAAACAUUCAUUUGAAUAGGAAAAACAAUCCUUGCCAAAUAAUUGUGUUUUUAAUCUCCCCCUUUCUUCCAUUUAAUAUAUUUCGGUAUAGAGAUUUAAAACAGACUUCACCUUUUUUUUUGAAGUUUUCCUUCUCGCCUUUUUUUGUAGUCGAAGUUUGUUUUCUGUUGCCGUGGGAACUGGUGUGUCUUAUUUUUACUGCUCAAGUCUUUUUCUUUCCUAAAUCCUGAAUGGAUUAUGCUGGUGAAGUAAACUCACCUUAAAGCUUGUGUUAAGAAAGGUCAUAAGCAACAAACAUUUUUUUUCCCCCUUCUGUCUAAUCAGAGCAUGUGUGUGUGUUGAGUGCGUAAGAGGACAACGUACAACAAAUCAUGAUAAAACUCCCCGUACUCCUGUUUUUAUCAGCAGAAAACGUGCUGAAUCUGACCUUUUGCUGACUGUAGCAAUAAUGUGAUUUGACUUAAUCAGACAUUUUUUAAAAGCCUUUCGGUCAAGCCAGCACUGCAGUAUUUAUACACUGGAUGUCUUAAAAUUGGGCAAUAACACAAAGGGUGUUGGAUCAAAGGGGCAAAAUAUCUCCAAACACACCUAGAAUAUUAACGUUAUGACAUGUUGGCGUGUGUAAAACUAAUGCAGUGUUUCCUUGACCUUUUAUCUGCCCUGGUCUUGCCUUGUUGUGGGUGAAUGGUGUUUAUUUGCUGUUUUGUAUGUUUUCCAUGUUACUGCAUGACCUCUGACCCACCAUCGCCAUGGUAACAUGAAUUUUUAUUUACCAACAAGAGGGAAAUAGUGUGUGGUACAUAUAAUUUUUUUAUUUUUAUUUAUUGAAAGUUAUUUUUAAUUUGUGCACUGAAACAAACUCUCCUCUGGUCUGAACUCUGUUUCACCUCAUCCACAACACUUGAUCUUUGCAAUGAAAAUAUCAGUUGUGAUUAAAAAAUAAAUUAAAAGAAAUCACAAGGAA